CUAAUUUAUAUAAAGAGUUUUAAAUGAACUAUGACCAAUCAUUUUGAAAGAAGACCCAGAUGAGCCAACAUGGAAAAUGACCCGGAGUUGGAGCAGGUUAUUUGUAAUGCUCUUUCCCUACAAGAGGACUAUCCUGACCUUUAUCUGCCCACCAAGUCAGUGGGCAGCUCUGGGACUUUUCCUUCAGAUGUGGAAUUACAAUUGCCUUUGAAGAACCCAAACACCCUUCAGAACACCCUAGUGGAGCUUUAUUCAAUUAUUGGGUUCCCACAAGAAACCCCAACAAGUGGCACCAUUGUUACUGUCAAGCAAGAGGAGUCCACACAAACCACGUGCAUCCAGGAUCAGCUUCAUUGCACAAGUCAAAACACAGCUGCGCUUAACAGGCCCUACCUUGUGGAUGAACAAGAAAGUCAUAAUAUGAUCAGAGGUGACAUAGAAGAUCAGCUUCCAUCAACUUCAAGUCAGAAGUCUAGAAAAAGAACCUUAUACAAUAAACAACAAACCCUCUUCCUUCAAAAACAGUUUAACUUCAAUCCCUACCCAGACUAUGUGAGCAGAUGCUGCUUCUCACAGAUAACCGGGAUACCAGAACCCAGAAUACAGGUCUGGUUCCAAAACCGAAGAGCAAGAUACCAGACGAAACCUCCCGGUUCUCAGGAAACUGAAAAUGCCUUAAUGGCGGGAAGAAAGACAAACUUUGUAUGUGCAGGAUCUCCUUAUCCAAAAGUAUGCAAAAACAGCUAA